AUGUCUACAUGUAACGUCAUUGCAACAUGGACGACUGCCAUUAUCGAACAUGAAAAACAUUUUGAUUUCUGUACUCCGUCUAGUAGAAAACUCUCGACUUCUUCAGAAACCACGAGAAACUUAAAACUGAGAAAGCUUCGCGGUCUCCCUUCCAUCUCUGCUACGCGGUCUCUGCUUUGCGAUCUCUGCUUCCUUCGUGAUUUCUUCCUUCCUGAACGACAUCUAUUCGAAUUGAAAACCUUCUGGAGCUCUCUUCCCCAAAUUUCAGCAGCAACUUUGCUCCAGAUCUUUCCAAUUGAAAUUCCUCUCCUUCACAUUUUGCAUAUUGAAUUUCGCAUCAUCAUCAUCUCCCUAGAACCUAGGAGUUCGGUUCGGUUUCGAGUUUUCCGACGGAAAUCCGGCGACAGCGGCCAUCGAGGUUGGUCUGAAACUAUUCCUCAUCACCACAGGCAUUAUUUCCAGACAAUAGCUAUGGUUUUGAUUGUAGCGGUGACUGAAAAAUUAUUCCGAAACUAACAUUUGAGGAAUUCAAGGUUUGUUAGUUAAUUUGUACAUCAGAAUACCAUGACAAACUAUGAAGUUGUAAUUGUUGACCUUACAAUGUAUCUUUUUUGGUUUGGAGCAUUAGACUUAUAUGUGUUGCUUUCACCUCAUGAAGGC